GGCGUGGGGGAAGGGGCCGCGGGCGAGCCCCGGGCCGGGCCCCCUGCAGAGGCGCGGGGAGGCCGCUUUGGCCCCCGGAAGGCUCCCGCAGCCCUCUAGCUUCCCGGCUCACACCGGGAGAGAAUCCUUGAUGCCACCUGUCUGGGUCAUGAGUCUAAGGGUGGGUGGCCAGUUUACCCGGAAAACGCUGAAUAAAACAAACGGUAGAGGUUGCCUCCGGUGGUCGCCUAUCCCGCUCCGGACCUAAGCCCGGCCGGCCUGUUCCCGGCCCCCUCCUACGAGAAGCCCCCUGGUCCACCCCCAUGGCCUUUGCGCUCGCCGUGCUGCCCGCGUCCCCAGGCUGACCCCUCCUCUGAGAGGCCCCUCGCCUUUCGGCGGGUAGCCUUGGCCCGUGUUCUCCAUCUCGCCGGGGACGCCCUCUUCCACGCGCCUGCUCCUCCCACUUUUAGCCCCCGCCUCUCUGGUCUGAAGGCGCGGCCCGCGUGGGGCGCGCCCGUGUCCGCCCUCCCUGGCUGCCGGGGCCCAGCGGGGGAGGUGGGGUCAGCCCUGGGGGCGCGGGCUGUGUUGUCGGUCCCCGGGGCUUCUCGCGUUGUAAGCCCCUGGACCCAGGCGCCCCCGAGGCGGGCACGACCCUGGAGCGGAACCAGUUUUUGCAGGACGAGAAUUGCUUCCCUCUGAAAUCUCCUUGAAUCACGUGGUCUAUGAAAGAACAGGCCGUGGAGACACGUGAGCUGGAGUCCAGGAAGGCAUCUGUGACCCCACCGGGACUUUGGUGUCAGAAACUGAGGGAACAGGAAAUCUGAGUGCUCAGCCCGUCUGAGGCUGGGUGGGGACUCGGGUCUGAUGUCCCUGGGAUUCGGCCUAAAGCAGGAACUUGGAGUUGGAGAAUUUGCCUGACUGCCACAGGAGAAGCCAGGUCUGACUAAGUCUGUGAUCCUAGGAGAGAGGACAGAGGCUCACUUGCAAAGCCGUGACCACAGCCUGCACUCGCUAGGGAGAGGCAAGUCGUGGAUGGCACUCUCUGCUCCCUGCAGGCCUUCACCUGGGAGUUGGCCUGACCCAUGCUGCCUGCAGUCUUGAGGGGACAAGCAUGUCGGCUUCAACAAAACCCCUGGCACUGGCGGAGCUGGCCCCCUGCCCCGAGGACAAGCCCAAGGGGAAGCCACUCCUUACCUGGGGCUCUCUCUUUGGCCCCCGCAGCGAGAAGGUGGUUUUCACCAGGAGUGAGGGAAGCCCCGAGGAGAGCGUGCUCACCAUAACCAUUACAGAGACCACCGUCAUCGAGUCUGACCUGGGCGUGUGGAGCUCCCGGGCUCUGCUCUACCUCACACUGUGGUUCUUCUUCAGCUUCUGUACCCUGUUCCUCAACAAGUACAUCCUGUCCUUGCUGGAAGGGGAGCCCAGCAUGCUAGGUGCUGUACAGAUGCUGUCAACUACGUUCAUUGGAUGUGUAAAAAUACUGGUUCCUUGCUGUUUAUAUCAGCACAAAACCCGGCUUUCUUAUCCACCCAAUUUCCUCAUGAUCAUGCUGUUUGUGGGUCUAAUGAGGUUUGCAACAGUGGUUUUGGGUCUGGUCAGCCUGAAAAAUGUGGCGGUUUCGUUUGCUGAGACAGUGAAGAGCUCUGCUCCCAUUUUCACUGUGAUCAUGUCCCGGAUGAUCCUGGGGGAGUACACAGGGUUGCUGGUCAACCUCUCCCUCAUCCCCGUCAUGGGAGGCCUGGCACUGUGCACGGCCACAGAGAUAAGCUUCAACGUCCUGGGGUUUUCGGCUGCGUUGUCCACCAACAUCAUGGACUGUUUGCAAAAUGUUUUUUCAAAAAAGCUGCUCAGCGGGGACAAAUACAGGUUCUCAGCUGCAGAGCUGCAGUUCUACACCAGUGCCGCAGCCGUGACCAUGCUGGUCCCCGCCUGGAUCUUCUUCAUGGACUUGCCGGUGAUCGGCAGAAGUGGGAAGAGCUUCAGUUAUAGCCAGGAUGUCGUGUUGCUGCUGCUGAUGGAUGGCGUUCUGUUCCACCUGCAGAGUGUCACGGCCUAUGCCCUCAUGGGCAAAAUUUCCCCUGUGACGUUCAGUGUCGCCAGCACCGUGAAGCAUGCCUUGUCCAUUUGGCUCAGUAUUAUAGUGUUCGGCAACAGAGUCACCAGCCUGUCGGCCGUCGGCACCAUCCUAGUGACGGCCGGUGUCCUGCUCUACAACAAAGCCAAGCAGCAUCAGCGGGAGGCCAUGCAGAGCCUGGCUGUGACCGCCAGCCGGACACCAGAGGAUGACAUGGAGCCACUGACCCCCAAGGACCCCAGACCACACCACUGAGCUCUGGAAGCCUCGGCAGGUGCCCAGGGCCCCGAGGUGCUGCCCACAGCGGCUGUCCUCGCUGACGCGAACACCCAGCCUCCUUGUGUCCGUGGGGUGACGUGCCGCCUUCCCUCCUCCUUUCUUGGGUUUUCAGUGAAAACCACCAGGAACGGGUGUCAGCUUCCCCAGGUGGAGACCAGAGCCCGCUGCUGCUGAGCCUGUAAUGUGAAAACCCCCUCCUGCUGGCCCUGUGCUGAGCGCAGGGGAGGGCGUCAGGACCCACACUGGCCUCCGCACGCCCUCACCAGCGCACAGGGCCGGCUGCACCCGGGGGUGACAGCCACAGGCGCCCACUCAGCGUCCCGGGCCUGCACACUGCCCUUCAGCCGUCAGGGGUACUGCCAUACUGAGACAGAAGGCUGAGGCACCCACUGCCUGGGCCGGAGGCCACCGCAGCCAAGUGACCACAGAGCUAGGAGAGAGUGGAAAGGGCACAGAAAUAAGGGUUCCUGCUGCUGAGGGCAGGCUGUGGGGCCCUCACCUUCCUGCCCUUCCACCCACGGCAUCCUCCACACCCCAGAGCUGCCAGCAGCUGGUACAACUUAGGGAAAGGCCACUGGUGAAAGGGAAGGUGCCCCACCCCUUUCAGGGUCUCUGCUGCACUAGCCCCCCCCCAUCCUGAGGGUCCCAACCCUCACCCGUGGCUGGCCUUCAGUCAAGGACCCCCGAGGUGGUGAUUGCUGGUCACUGGUGGAGGACAGACAGACAUCUGUGGUGUUUAACUCAGGACAGGGAUAUACUGACAUUCCCUUUUGUUUUUGGGUCCCCUGUUUGUAACACUGGCUGUUCUGAAGGGUUCCCUAGAGGUGCUCCUGCCAUCACCCUGCUGGUCAGGGGCCACACCACACCUUGUCUCGUGGGCAAGGAUGCUAAGGGUUUCCCUCAUGAAUGAGUGGGCAGGGGGGCGCUGGGAAGAACAUUUGGUGUGUUCACAGUUUUUUGUCACAUUGCAUUUACAAUGACAGUGGAGUUUUUAAAGAAGGAAACAGGUGGCUUCUGGAAGGCGUCCUGUAUAACAGGUAACCCACACUGAACUCACAGCCUGGCUCGGCCUGGCUCUCACCUCCCAGCGCAGACUGACUACCAUGCUGGGCGUCUGAGCCCUUUGCUGGGUUCAGGCUCCUGGCCUCUUCACUCUGCUCCUCAUCUCAAAUCCUGGUGGAAUUUCCGAUCGGGGCUGCCAACCAGGCUCUAAGACCUCUCCAUGGCGCCAAGACCUCUCCAUGGCGCCAAGCUCACGUGCUGGGGCAUGUCACCUGCAGCUGACGCGGAGGACAUCGGUGGUGACACAGCCAUCUGAGGCCUGCCUGCCACGGCUCAGUGAAGUAGCCGACAGGAGGGCCUCAGGCGCUAACGGCCCCCGCGUCUGAGUUCCCCUCCCUGUUCAGGUCCUUGGCUCCCGUCAUCUCUUCACUGGUUUUCCACUUGGCUUCUCAGCUGGAAAAUAUAAAAAUAGGCCCUCCUAGAGAUCAAAUCCCUCGGAAACAAAGAGCAAUAAUUACAUCUCAUUAACUUCUUCCUACUUGAAAAAGUUUGCCAUGAUGAUGGGUUACAACAAGGCCUUUAAAACUACCUUUUAUCAAUGCCCACAUUUUCCACCAAAAACAAAACAAAACAACUACAACCUUUUUAUGAAGCUGACUUCAUAAAGCUGACUUCAAAAUUUUAUGAAGCUGUGCCCAGAGGACAAGCAGGUGUGCGUUCUACUGCAUGUCAAGCUCAGCUCCGCUGUGAUGUUUAUCAUGAGACUUUCCCCAUUCCUGUCCCCUUUCCUCUCUGCUUCCUCCACAAACAACAGCGAAGGGGACUCGUUGGAGGUGGCUGGGGCGGCAGGAUGUACAUGCAUCUGUGAGGACCAGCGUGAAAGCACGGCCUCCACAGCACCCUGCUCCCCCCUCGAGAAUGUGGCUGCCAUGACCAGCUACUGACAGGCCAUGAGCAGAGAAGAGGACGCAGCUGUAGUCAUCUUGUUGCAAGACAGUUUCAUGUUGCCUCUCUCACGGAUGUGGUCAUCUGAGCAUAGCCAGAUGGGCAGCGCCUGCUUCUGAGCCCCAUGAGGGACCAACCACCCUGCACGUCACCUGUGCCCUGUCUCCACUGAAGUGGCUUUCUGCCAGUUUUGAUUUUCCAAAUUCUUGGAUCAGAAACAAAAUGAAGAUUUUCCUAAAUUAUUAGCAAAUGAGAUAAUUUCCAACAAAGCUGCUUUUGAGACAUUUCCUCAAACACAAGCUGUGGCCAGCACUGCGCUGGCCCGGGGCUUACGUUUCUUCUUCCAGUGUCUAGUCUCCACCCUAAAGCAUGUGCAGGACAGCCCUGCCAGGAGACAAAACCCAUGGCCUGUCUUGGCCAUUUGUUGAAUGAAUGUACAGACAUGUUUUUUAUUAACUCUGUGUAGUAGUGUUUUUACUAGUAUGUUCUUACUGAACCAUAGCAGACAUGUUUGCAUUAACGUUGACACUGGUGUCACCGCUUCCUUGGGUCAGUUCUUCCAUGUCCAUGAUCGUCGUCUGUGCCUUUGCAAAGAAAAAAAACACUUCAAACAGGUGUCAAGUCAGGUCACCUGCUUACCUACAUUGAUACUUAGAGAUGUACGUAUGUCUGGCUUUCAAGGAAACUUCCACUGAAGGGCAUAAAAAGCUUUUUUUUUUUUUUUUUAUUCCAGUAGUCAUAAUUUCCUCUAUAUCAGCAUUAAAAAAAUCUGCCUUGGAAAGCUUAGAGUAUCUUGCACAAUCCAAAAUUUGUCUUUAAUUUGAGAAAAAUACACAUGGUGAAUCAGAAACAGUCACACGCUGCACAAAGAACAUUAGCCAAGUACAGUCGUGCACAUAACCCACGCUGGAAAUGCUUUUCCCAGAACCAGUGGGUUCUGCCUGUGAAUGGUCACUUGGACGGGCCGGUAGGGAUGACACACGCACCACAUGGCUUUUUACAUCUGUCUGGUGAUAUGCUUUCCCAAGGCCUGGAAGUAUUUUCACUGUUUCCCUGGGUUGGAAAAAUAAAAGAGUGUUACUGCAAAUAGAAAUCUUCUUUUCUUUUGCCUUCGACCAACGUUGUACUAAGGGCUUCAUUCUUUCACAAAAUCCAUACAUGCUCUGGUUGGGGCCUCUUCAUUCCUUAGUUUAUAAAUAAGAAUGCCCCCAGCUCCCCUGGUGAAUCUGCCUGUUUCCCUCUCUCCUGGCUGAGGAGCCAAGAGCAGAGGUGAGGUUGUGCUG